GAUAUCCCGUUGGACCAUAUGAGGAUCGUGACGUGGUGAUUGGUCAUCUACCUGCAUUUUGAAAACUACUUAGUUCGCCACAACUACAUUGUGAUUAGGCCGCUGGGCGUCUUUUAUACAUGUCUACGAGCUUUAGUUUACGUGGAAGAGAAGGUUUAUUCGGUUGUUUUGACUGCUGAAUUGUCUGAUUAGAUCACCGGGGCUGCGUGACCGUGUCUGCUGCGACUGACCGAGUGGAACUCAUACGGUGGCAGCAUGAAGCUCUACAGCAUCAGCAUCCACCAUAAAGGAGCGACCAAAGCCAACCUCCUCAAAUCGGCCUAUGACCUCUCCUCCUUCAGCUUCUUUCAGCGCGCCAGUGUUCAGGAGUUCAUGACCUUCACCAGUGCCUUGAUUGUGGAACGGACUUCACAAGGAAGUCGUGCCUCCGUCAAAGAACAAGAGUACCUGUGCCAUGUGUAUGUGAGAAACGACAACCUGAGCGCCGUGGUCAUCGCGGAUACUGAAUACCCACAGAGAGUCUGUUUCACAUUGCUAGACAAAGUAUUAGAGGAGUUCUCCAGACAAGUGGACAGUAUAGAAUGGCCCUCUGGUAAUCCUGAAACUAUAAACUACAAAGCCUUGGAUAUUCACCUUUCUAAAUACCAGAAUCCCAGAGAAGCAGAUGCAAUGACCAAAGUGCAGGCGGAGCUGGACGAGACAAAGAUAAUUUUGCACAACACCAUGGAAAGUCUGUUGGAGAGGGGAGAGAAGCUGGACGACCUCGUGGCGAAGUCUGAGCACCUGGGAAACCAGUCCAAAGCCUUCUACAAGACUGCAAGGAAACAGAACUCGUGCUGUGAGGUCAUGUGAUGCCGCUGCCUCGUCCUCGCGGACACGCCUCUCUCUGUGUGUCUGUCUGUCUCUCUCUCUCUCUGCCUUUUUCCUGCUCUUCCUACAACUCCCAUCACACACCAGCCACCAGCUCUCAACACAAAGGACGGGACAGACGCCGCCCAGUCUGAGGGCGCUACGGGGGGUUGAAGGCGAGUCUCCCUUGUCCGGAUUGGGACCGAUGGGAGCUGGAGGGGGUUUGGUCAUGAGGGAAGAAGUACCAUUCGAAUUAUGUUUAACCUCAAACAUCCGUGUGGUGCUUCAAUACCAGCUGCGGACAUUAUAGCGUGACGUCGUGUAUCGGUGGUGUGUCGUUCGAAAAGUGCGUCUUCAAAACCAUUUAAUGUUCUUCGGAUUGAAUCUCAUCUCUUAAAGUUCUUAAACGAAUAUUAACCGCAGGUGUGCUUCUGCUUGGAGGCAACACUUGACAAUCUCACGGUCUCAUUUUGGGAUUUCAUUAGACGCGUCGCCCUCUUCGGUUCAGUUUCUGUCAAAGCCCAAACGUUUUGUUUUUUUCCUGCAGGCCGUCCAUCGCCCACUAGGCGGCGCUGUUUAUUUACCGACAUUGCUCCUGUGGGCCUCGAGUUUGAUCGAAAAACUCAAACUUUUACGAUGAUUUUGAAAUCCUAGACUUGAUCAAGUGACAUGAUGUCUUUGAAUAUUUUUUUUUUUUUUUCACUUGUCUCAUAGUGUGAAAUCUUAAAACAUUCCCGCUUUGGGGUGAGCGUGUUCUUGAGUGUGAUGAUGUGAAAUGUAGAGAUGUUUCUUCAUAGACUCAGCCUUAUUUCUCCCCCCUUUAGAGACCAUGUCGUCUCAUGAGGACAGGGCUCGUAAGCUAUUCUUUUACUUUAUGUAGCCAUGCUUUUUUUUUUUUUUUUUUUUUAACUCUGGUAAUCCACAUACGACACUUAAGCAGGUCAGGGGCUCGUCUGCGCCUCUAAAAUCUGGGAUCACUGACAUUGAUUCUGGGAAAUCUUCUCCUGAGACACGUUUGAAAGAGGACAGACGUAAACCUGAGUGAAUUACACAUCCCUCUCUUACUUUAAGACACUCCAUGGCAGACUUUGUUUUUUUCAGUUAGCUUUAUAUGUAGAAAUGUCUUUCUUCAGUAACUGCUGAUCAGUUUAAGAUAAAGAGAUGCCUUCGGUUGUGUAUUGUAGAUGUUUCUCUGCUCUCUCUCUGUCGCAUGUGUAUGAUUUGCGGAUAUCCAGCAUCGAAGUCGAGUGCCUGUGCGUGAGGACUGUUUUGUGUGUGUGAUCUGAAUCGCUCUUUCUGCUUUUACAGUGUAACUUUUUGUGCAAUAUGUCUGCAGACUGUCUCUCUUUUAAAAGCAGAGAGAAUAUAUGGAGAGACCUCUCAUAAAGGACAGGAAAAUUGACCUUUGUAUAUGCUAUUCUUAUGACUAAUUCCCAUGUGAAGCGUGUCCAGCGUUGUUUUUUUUCUAAAUUUACAGUUAAUGUGUUAAAUUUAAAAAAGUGUUUCAACGGUCUGCAUUAACUGCCUGAUCUGGAUUUGAUGUGUGCAGAUUCAAAACAAAGACUUCACAUAAUAAACUGUUCUUUUCUGUCUCUAUUAACGCUUUAUUUUUUUGGAACACUGAUUGUUUACAGAACGUGUAAUCUUGCCUAGAUAAACGUCAACAAUGGCUUACCUGUGUCGGUGGUCAUUUCAGGCCUCCGCGAAGCAUAUCAUUCCGAAGUGGCUUUGAGGUGUCGCAGGAAAAUCCUGUAAAACAAUGUGAUGGUAAACUCGUCCUUUGCAGUGUGUGAGCGUCAACAGUGCUACCUUUUAUUAAACAUAUCGUAAUGAUCAGCAAACCAGCGCGGCGUGGCCUCUCUUCCCUCUUUUUAAACGGGUAGGCCAGACACUGGCGUGUCCUUCAUGUGUUGUAGGUCUUUUCAACAAAUGUUAGCCCACAUGUUAACAAAGAGCAUUUGUUGGCAAAAUAUAUUAUUCAUUAUCUGUUAUUAUACAAUUGAAAAUACAAAAUCUAUAAUUGAGACUGCUAAAUCGCAAUGUCCUACAUUUCCUUCAAUAACACGAAAAUACGUAGGCCUAAUAGACCUACAGCAUAGCGCGAGGCUCCGGUCUACGUAAAGAGGAGAGAAGGCUACGAGUUCAAAUAAAAGCACCUGAACGCAGCACGAGAGGCGCGCCUCGGCGCACAGCUGAGGUGAGAAGAAAACACUAACUGAUGAAGUAAGGCUGCACGAAAAUGUGGACGGAGGUGAAAAACAAGAGCAAGACAGUCACCAGCGACGGGAACAGCUCUGAGAUGGUUGACCCAGAUCUGACACUACAGCUUUUACACACUGUUCAACUGAGGAAUGGCUCAAUUACAGCUGCCACUCAUCCCUCUCACACAGAGGACUCUUUAACCAGCAACAGUGGAAUCAUCCCCGGUGCUAUUGCAGCCACCGUGUUCAUUGCCCUUUUGCUUGCUCUCUACGCCGUCCUCUGGAAGUGCAUGGUGUCGCCGCCCCAACGAAAGCACAGCAAACUGAGGGUGAGAGUGAAACAGAGGACGUCUGUGUGAAGACUGGCUUUCAGGUGCAAGGGUGUCCUGAGUCUGUUCACCAGGUAAACUUUGGAUCUCGGUGGUGUGGACUAAAAUCAGACUACUAAAAUAACCUACGUGACAAAAUGCCACCAAAGAAGAUCCUCCUAAUCGAUCCAAAGAUCAAACCGGUGUGUUCCCUCAGCUUUACAGACCGCUGUGAGCCGCUUGUUCGGCAGGUCGGAGCCUGCUGCUUUCUAUCUUCCCUUUCUUCUUCUGUGAACUCUGCGUUACUGAGGGAACGAGGUUACGCCUCGCUCCCGUGACCGAUCGGCCAAUCGCCUGGACGCGAGCAUCCAAUGUAGAAUUGUUUUAUAUCUGCCCUCUGUUGUCUGCUUUGAAAUCCACUCAGGAUGUUGUAACUGCUGAAAUACUUCUGACUCGAUUAAACUGACUUUUUAAAAAAC